AUGGUACCUGGAGAGCUACUGGGUGUGUUGAUGACUACUGUCUGUGUUUCUGCUGGUCCGUGCAUGCUGCAGAGGGUCACAGUCUGGCAUUCUUUCCACCCUCCAACACCUCCCUCUCUAGAAUUGUUUGUGCCCCAGGCUCGGAGCUCUAUCGUGGGGGGAAAGGAUGCUCAAAAGGGCAGCUGGCCGUGGAUAGCCUACCUGWUAAUCACGGAUGAUACAGGCUUCUUUAGCUGUGGCGGAUCCCUCCUUACUGAGGAAUGGGUGCUCACCGCUGCACACUGUGUUGACCCGAAUGACAACCCUAUUCCAGACCGUUCCUACAUUCGUCUGGGGACACACAGCCUGAAUGAGCCAUCAGUGUUUUAUCGAUCCAUCUCACGCAUCGUCAGUCACCCACAGUACAAGAAACAGCAUUUGGCCCUGCUGCACGACAUCGCUUUGGUGAAGCUGAGUAAAAAGGUGACCUUCUCCUCCCUGGUGAAGCCCGUGACCCUGCCCAAACCGGGUGAUGCCUUCCGCCCAUUGUGGAAUUGCUGGAUCGCUGGCUGGGGCAACGUCGGGAACAAUGUGGAAUUGUCUGGUAAUAGGACUCUCCAGGAGCUGGAGCUGCCCAUCGUGAAACGGAGCACCUGUAAGCAAAAGUUUUCGGGCUUCACUGACAACAUGCUGUGUGCUGGCUCCACUCCUGUCAGGUGA